AUGAGCUCAUCAACCGGCUACGCGGGCACGUCCGGCUGGGAGGCGCUCGGCUGGAAGCGCCAUGAGGAGUCCUUCUACGCCGAGCACCGCCAGCGCCGGGACGACGCGGCCGCCCGCGGCGAGGACCCCUACGCCGAGUACAAGAGGAUGGUGCAGGAGAAGCGCCACGUGCCGCGCACCGAGCGGCUGUGGAACAAGCUGACGGGCAAGAGCCGCAGCAGCAGCGACGCCAGCACCCGGAGCACGCAGAGCCGGGGGGACGGGGACGAGCCCGUCAUCGACCUCGACUACGACGGCGUCAGGCGGAAGAGGACCGGCGAGGACUGGUUCAUGGCCGACAGGGGACUGAGCGGUGCGGGUAACCAAGGAAGGACCGUUAGGUGA